UGGGUCUCUGUCUCACAGGACGCCGUGUCAGCCCUACUAGAGCAGACCGCCACAGAGCUGGAGAAGCAGGAGGCGCGGAGGGGUGUGCCGUCCCCGAAGGAGAAUUGGGGGUACGAGGAGGCCAGUGAGAACGAGGCCGAGGAGGAGGAGGAGGAGGACGUCGUCUUCACCGAGAGAGCCUCUCCAGAUGCGGAAGAGAGCCCAGUCUUAAAGGUGGACAAGGAGACCAACACUGAGCCCCCCGCCCCAUCACCCACGGUGGUGCGGCCCAAGGAGCGGCGGGUGGGGACACCGUGCCCGGCCCUGGGGCCCUUCCUGCGGGGAGGCACUGUCAUCCGCUCCCAGACCUUCUCCCCCGGACCUCAGAGCCAGUACAUCUGCCGGCUGAACCGGAGCGACAGUGACAGCUCUACGCUGGCCCGGAAGCCGCCUUUUGUCCGCAACUCUCUGGAGCGGCGCAGCGUGCGUGUGAAGCGGGCCCCCUCGGGGAAGGCGCCACGGGCAGAGCGCGUGCUGCGGACCUCGCUGGACCUGGAGCUGGACCUGCAGGCCAGCCGGACGCGGCACAGCCAGCUGGUGCAGGAGCUGGCGGCGCUGCGGAGCCUCAGGGAGCGGCUGGAGCGCGGCCCCGGCCCCGGCCCCCCCGAGCUGCCCGCCGGCCUGCGCCGGGACCCGCGCCUCCGCCUGCUGCUGCGCGCGCUGGAGAAGCAGGUGGACCGAGCUGAGCACAGGGGUGAGCUGCAGACGGACAGGCUGAUGCGGGCAGCUGCCAGGGACGUGCUGCAGCUCCGUGGCCAGAGCAGCAAGGAGCCCCCCGAGGUGCAGUCCUUCAGGGAGAAGAUGGCAUUCUUCACACGGCCCCACGCCAGCAUCCCGGGGCUCUCCGUGGACGACGUCUGAGCCCCUGCUCCCUUCCCAGGCGGUGGGUGCGGACCUGGCCGUGGGGCUCACGUGCCGUGGCGUGAAGGUACCCGUGACCGUCCCCGGGCGCCGCAGCUUACGGACGGAGCCUUUCCAGCUUGGGUUUCCUAGUCGGGAUUGAAAAAAAAAACAACAAAACCAGCAUCAAAGCGACAAGAUUGUAUAGUUUGUAUAUUUAGGAAUGUAUUUUUGAGAAAGAAAAUUUUAACAAACUGAAUUUUAAUGAAGUGUUUCUCGGCUGCUGUUCUUAAAACCAGCCUUAGGGUUUUUGGCUUUUUCGAACAGCUCUGCCUUCUAGAGGCAUCAUCGCAAUAAGCACCAACACUUGGGGUCAGCCGUCCUCACACGCGGCUUCCUGCAGGUGUCACAGGACAGCUGGCCUUACCUCCCUCACACGUGUAGCACGAGGCUUAGACAGACAUCGGGGCCGCUGAGGGCCGGGGUGCUCUGGCGAGUGAGUGUGUCCUGUGUGACGGGACGCCCGGUGCCCCGGGAAGCCACUGCGAGUGAGGCGGGGGGGCACGUCCCUUCCAUGCAUCUCCACCAAUAAAGUGGCCUUUCUCAUUGA